CUCUCUCUCUCUCUCUCUCAAGUGUGUAUAGUGAAUAGCGCAACUGUAAACAUAUGAUGCAGAAGCCGACGCAGAAGCAGAAGCAGAAGCAGUAGCCAUCCCCCCAAAACAAGGCCCUGAGGGCUGCCAUUGCCCUACCCAAAUAAGCUAUCUUUCGUGCUCGGAGCCUUUGCUUCUGGAUGCUAUAAAUCUAGUAAAAGGAAAGCAACUUUGAGAUCAUCUCGCUCUCUCUCCUCCUAGAUUCUCUCUCUUUAACACUGACCAUAAUUUAUAUCCUCUGACUUUUCCUCAGGAUUCUUCAUAGCUUCUUUCACCUUUUUGCUCCCACACCCCCUCCUUUAACUCCUAGUUUCUUCACAGCCAAUCUCCACACACCACCCCUUAAAUUUUCUUUCUUUCUUUCACCUUUGCAUUCAAAAUCCAAUCUUUCAAUUGGGUUCUUGCUAUUUUCUACAACUGACCCACAAACACAAUGGAUGACUAUUACAAGAGGAGUGGGCAGAUUCCGGCGUUUGGGGACUGGGAUUAUGCAAACGAACUGCCAAUCACUCAGUAUUUCGAGUGUGCAAGACAAGCUGGUUUGAUCAGAUUCAGCUCUUCCUCCGGCGAGAGUACUGAUCAUAUGCGCCCUGACUUGUAUGCUGUUCCUGUCGAUCACUUCAAGAAGCCUUCUUGCAACGUUGCUCCUCCUCGAAAGGCAACAGCAGCAGGAGGAGGAGGAGGUGGUGGUGGUGGGCGAGGGAGGGAAAAGCGAGGGCAGCGUGCGCAUGUUAUGGAGCAAAAGAGGCAGCAAUCGAAGGGGACAAAAGUCUGUGACGUGACGGAACCGCCAACUAAACCCUAUCACUAUCAACUCCAUGUUCAACAACCCAAUCGCACACACCUCCACCAUCACAAGAGCGACACCGUUUCAAGACCCAAGCCUAUCGACGAAGAUCUCUACAAGAUACCCCCUGAGCUCCUCCACACCACCAAGCGGAAGAAAAUGCUGGGAUUGUUUGCUUGCUUUGUGCCUGCUUGUGCUUCAUGAAGCAAGAGGUGUUUCAAAACUCAUAGGAAUUAGAAUGCCUAGAGACCAGAAAAACUCAAGUGCCUUGGCUAUCUUUAUAUGUGUUGUUUUCUUCAACAUGUGUUAAUUAUUGUUCUUGUAGCUAGCUAAGAUGGAACCAAGCUUAUGAAUGAGAUGAAAAUUAGAAGUUAGUGCCAAAUUGUGACACUCUUAUUUAAUUUUCCCCUCAUUUUUAACUUUGUUAUCUAUCUAUUUUGUAUUUAAGAAAUCAAAAUUUUCGAAAUUUCCGAGUUUAUCAAACAAACUAGCUUUUAAUCUA